AUGACGCACCUCUCCUUCAUCGACCUCUCACACUCCUCUGGAUUCACCACACAGGGCCUUCAGCACCUCUACGCCCUCCCCAGCCUCAACUGCCUUGUCCUCUGCGGCACUGCACAGGGCGGGGCAGUAUCUUUCGAGGGCAUUGCCACAGCGAGCAGUCUCGACACGCUCGCAUUGGACAACACGAGUGUUCACGAUGCCCAUCUGCAGCCCCUGACUGCGCUCACCUCACUCACAAUGCUCUCCCUGGGGUUCUGUGCCCACCUCACCCCGGCUUUUAUGCUGCAUGUGGGCCGGUUGACUAGGCUGAAGGAUCUAUCCCUGGGCGGGUGUGGCAUGGUAGACAAUGCGCUGCCGCUGCUGGGCUGCCUGCCGCGCCUCAGCAUGCUCAUCGUGCCUCGUGGGGUCACUGAUGCCGGCCUGCUGCACUUGGCCGCGCUGCCAUCGCUCCAGAAGCUGUUUCUGUGUGGCUGUCCAGCCGUCACCUCUGCUGGCAUGCAGCAUAUAGGCCGGCUCACCAACCUCCAGGUCCUCUCUCUUAACGCCCGCGUGACAGACCAAGGCCUGCAGCAUCUCACCGCACUCACCAACCUUGCCUACUCAGCAGCCACCUCUGUGCAAUUCCUCAUGGCGGCGGAUGGGAUGCGCGUGCUGGUGCUGGCAGCGCUGGCGGUGAGGCUGCUGGCGGCGACGGUGAGUGGAGCGCGGGUUGUGAUAAGGGCGCUGGUCCCAGGGGAGGGUGGGCGCAUUCUGGCCGCUGAGACCUUCGCUCACCACACCGCUCUGCCCGAAUACCUUGAACACAUCCCCCGUCGCCAGGCCCUCGCCACCUCGUGUGGGCGCACGACGGUGACGAUCCGCUCGCAGUACCUGGGGCCGUACGACCUGCACAACGACAUCUACAACAUGACCUUCUACAACGGCUGCGCCUACAAUGUCACCAGCCCGCUGCGCGUGUGGCAGUACUUCAACUUCGGCAACGUGUGGGAGGGCAUCCUCGACAACCCCGAUCCCAACCCCUCGCAGUACCAAACGGGCUACAUCUUUGUGCAGACCACGCCGGGGUACUGUGAGAUGCACAUGAACCGUGGCGCUAACGGCGAUGUGCAGAUGUUCCCAGGAGAGACGGUGAACAUUGUGUAUGCGUGGACGGGGGACUUCCGCCCCUGCGCGCAGGAGCUGCGCUUCAGCAAUGGCAACAGCUACUCCUUGACCAACACCACCGAGUGCCAGACUGCUGCUGUCAUUUGA